UAAAACUACCACGAGACGUCACAUGAUAAAAAAUGGUGGCGACAAUGAAAAUGUUUUCCAAGUGUUUUAUGAAUCUUUUAGGAGCAAUGCUGCUUAUUUCUUUUGUGACAAAACCUUCAAACUGUGACAAUUGUCCAAAUGAUACGUUUUCCAAUUUUAAAGUUGGGAAUCUAUCACAAUGUUACUGGUCCUUUACAUCACAGAAAGAAGGCAUUGGUUGGAAUCCAUAUAGAAACUGUACUGUAUUCAUGGGAUUCUGUCAUGGACUACAAACUAGUAUGGAAUGUGGAAAUAGUUCUAGUAUAUGUGUGCAGACUUACAAUGGAACUGGAGCAAAAAUAACGAAAAAUUACAGUGUAGGGAAAAUACCUAACAAAAACCCCUAUUCAACAAUAAAAGGAAAGACAGGUACUGACUUUAAAGCAAAUUUUGACAGUGGGGCAAACUACACCAUGAAAGAUAACAAGACUAUAUGUGUGCUACAGUCAGAGGUGUAUUUCCAAUGCAAUAGAAAUAUGAAAUGGAAAACAGUAGAUCCCGGUAAAACAGCAUCACUGCCUUCUAACUAUAUAACUAAUGUUACUUUUGAUGAAAGUAAAUGCAAGUUUACUGUACAUGUUCAGUAUGAAGGAGCCUGUACAGCCAUAGCGCCACCACAACCAGUACCAGAAGAUAACAGUCUAAGUCUAGGGUCUAUCUUAAUUAUUAUAUUUGUAGUUGUUGUGUCAACAUACUUUUUAUUUGGCUGUACAUUUAAAUUUUGUUACGGAUUCAGAGGCCCAGAAGUACUGCCACAUUCCGAAUUUUGGAUAGAUUUACCUGUUCUGAUAACAGAUGGUAUUGCCUUUACCCUAAAAUGUGGCAAGACUGAUAUGACCAGGACUUACGAUGGUAUAUGAAAAAAUGACAGAACACAGGAUCUAGAAAUUAAAUGGUUAACUAGAUGUACAGAUAACACGUCAUUUGAUUUGAAAGAAUAGAAAAAACUACCAUCAACAAAACAUCUUUUGUUUAAAACUAUUACUAGAGGAUGAUUUAGUGAGGCUAUCCCUCUUAAAGUUUAUGGCGUAUUUUAUGAUGCAUUUUUAAAUUCAAUUCAAAUAAUCCUAUAUUUAACAUUAUUUGGAAGUGCAUCUGUUAACCAAAGGAAUAGAAUUAUGAAAAAAUGUUAAAAAAAUUUAUUUGCUUACACUUAACAUACUUAAAAUUAUUUCUUUGAGAACAUUUGAAUACAUGUUGUAUUUAAUUCUGUUCAACUUAAACAAGUGAUUAGAAACUAUUUAACUUGUAUGUACUGAUCAUGAGGGCCAACAAAAAUGCAAUACAUAAAUGUAUUUUAUUUUCAGCUUAAUUCAACCACCAGAUCUACUUUGACAGUUGAACAACUGUUGUAAGAUUGUCAGACUGUUUAUAAAAAGCACAGAGAAUAUUUCUGAUAGUUUUCAGAGCAUUCUUAUGUCAUAAAUUCCUCGUUUUUCACUAAAAAAAGUAGAAUUUUGUACUUUCGAAGGCAAAUUUCUACCAAACUGAACCCUUCAAUCUAUGAUUUUUAUAAAUUGAUGCAAUUUAACAAUUGUCCUUUGCAUUUGGUCAUGUGUGAUCACAUUAGAAUGGGGGGAAAUUGUUUUGAUUCUGAUCCCUUUAAUACUUAUUGCAAGUUUUUGAACUAAAGAAAAAAGUUGAUGCAUGACCAUACUGUUCAACAAUGGUUAAGCCAAAUGUUCCAAGAUGUGUAAAUGAAACUAUUUGGUAUUUUAAUUCUAAAAGGGACCAUAGGAGACUUUGCAUAUUUAUUGGCUAACCAAUAAGAUUAUUUCUUAUUUGGGUUGGAUUUUUUUUGUGCAUUAAUUAAAGACUUAUUAUUUUCCUAAACCAAGUUACAAAGGGGAGGUAAUAUUGUGGACAUCUGAAAGAAAAUUUUAUCCAAUCUUGACCAGUUACUUGAGAGGGGAUACUGACUUCAGGGAACAUGUUAAAAGUUUUGAAUUAGAUAAAAACCCCAUCAUCUAAAGACAAAAGUACAUGAAACCUGAGCUAUAUGAUUUAUUCUGGGGAAUAUGUGCUAAUCUCCUUGAUAAUUCAGAAUGUGUUUUAGAAAAGAGGAUAUGUAUCUGCUCUAUUUGUUAUUGCUGCGAGAAGUUAGAAUAUAAUCUAAUAAUUUUUUCUAUUGUUGAUAACCUUAUGUUUACUUCUAGAGGUCAUUUGGUUACCAUUUUAUUUAUGUAUUAUUUAUGAAUUUGUUUUAUUCUUAUCAUUAAAGGUCUUACUCCAAAUUGAAGUAUCCCCAUUAUUUGUAAAUUAUUUUAUUUUAAAACAAAAAAGACAAAAGUAAAAGUUUGUAUAACAUGGAAUUUCAAGAUGUAUUUAAAUUACUUUUCUCUGAAAUAUCCAAAAUACUGCAGCAAAUAAAGAAGAUACAUAAAAAAAUCAAUGGUAGAAUAUUGGUAUUCCCAAGUUUUAUUUCUUUAACUUUUAUUUGAAGUUUUCAUGUGUUUUCAUAGAAAUAAUGAGUACUUUAUCAGAUUGAAUCUAAGAUCUACUAAUAUUUCAUUGAUUUGUUAAAAGAAGAUUAUAGCAACGAUCAUAUUAUAACAAAAAACAGUAAACCAAUUGCAUAAUAUUUAUAUAUAUGUAAAACUGAUACUUUUUUUUUUCAAUUUAUAAAAGAAAGAAUUUCAGUACCAAAAUCAAUAAUAUGCAUUUGGAAAAAAUUGUAAGCUCAUUCCAAUUUAAAAAAAAAACACAAAAAAAAAAACGGUUGGCUGCUGAGAAUGAAUAUCCCUUUAUGAUAUUUAUUGACUGCUUUGAAAUACAAAAUGUACAAAACCACCUCUCCUUAUUUUGAUAAUGGUACUGGUAUCAAUAAAUUGGUAAAUAAAUUUGAAUUAAGCAUAAAAUGAAUCUCUUGCCUUGGAAAUAUUUUCCUCAUUCGAAUCUGAUAAACAUUCCAAUUUCAUUCAUAAACUCAAAUUAGCAAAUGUAAUUGAUUUUUUUUAAUUUGCUAAUAUCUCAUUUCUAAAUGUUUUGUAUAAUGUUUAUUUUAAUAACAUAUUUAUAUAUAUGUUACUAUUAGUGUUUGAUAGUAAAAAAUAAAAAUUAUUCUAAACUGUUUUGUAUGGGUGAUGCAUUUGCAAGAAUACCAAAAAACCAACUCCUCACACUAUUACCAUUAUUGGUUUAAUUUCUCUGCAUGUAAGAAAACACGGUACUUUAAGAGUAUCUUUUCUAUAAAUUUCACAUAUGACGUCAUGCAGAGUACCGGUAGUGAUUUCAAAGAACAGAAAAAAAAAUUUUUUCUAUGAUAUAUUUUCUUUAUAGUUUGGCUAAUUUUAUCAAGAAAUAAAAAAAACGAUUUGUUGAAGAACCUAUCUGAUUAAACUACUGUAUAGAGUGGUCUCGGGAAAUAAGAUUAGAUAUACUUGUUGAAAAAAAAGUGUUUCAUAAAUAAAAAUUUAACAAAAAAAACUAUAUGAAAGGAAAGUGCAGAGCCUUGCAAAAAUCUUGAAGAAGUAGGUUAUACAACAGUUGUUACUGUUCUGCAAUAUAUUUUAAGUAGUUGCAAGGCAUUACUGCAUAGAACAUUUUUUUUUAUAUGCCUUUAAAAGUUCUAAAAUUCACCAUUUCAGAAUCAUUGUUUCGUACCCCAAAAUGAAAACAACAAUGGUUUGGGAUGUUGUAAGCCAAUCACAGCCUUUUUGUACAGUUUUGAAAAUAUUACCCAGAAUUCAAUAAGAUUCUGAAACGGCGAAUUACAAAUGUCUGCUUAUGUAACUUCACUGGUUUCUUAUUGUUUUCUACUAUACUGAUAAUAUAUUUUUAUUUGAUAUGAAAGUGCUGUUAUAGACCUUGAAAUAUGCAAGGAGAGUUGAGACAGUUUUACAUUGUUUUGUUAUUAUUAUCUUUUUUUUUAUAAAUAUGUUGUAUUUUGAGUCAUAUAUAUGAAGCAAAUAAAUAAAAAAGUGACCUUAAUAUUUUUGUUUACAAAUUUGAGGCUAUGGAUUGAGAUUUCUGGCAAUUAAUUUUGAAAUUUUCUAAAACUGUUAUUCUAAUCUAAUUAUAUUUGGGUUCAUAUUUGAAGUCCCUAUGUAAAGGUACUUAUUAAACGAAAUAACAUGUGAGAUAUAAGAUGCAUCAAGUCAAUACUAAUCGGCAUUUUAUUUUAUUGUAUAUGUCUAUCUGAAAGCAACAUUAUAAGCUUAGAAUCACACAACAGUAAACUCACCAGAAACAGUUUCAGCUCUCCUGGAGUACAAUGUAAUGUCUAUAGAUAUAUAUGUUUUUUUGUUUUUAUUUAUACACUACAUACAAAAGUUUAUUUUAAAUAAAUAAAUAAAUGCUGA